AUGGCUGCCGAAGUUGUAUCCCUUGUCCCCGUCGGCACCCCCUUGUCUGCUGGCAACCUGCAACGCCUGCGCCAGUGUGCGUCGACCUUCUUGACCGCGAUGCAGGCGCGGUUGGUUGCUGACGACCUCCCUAUGACUCUGCCCGGUAUGCUUCGUGCGAAUGGUCUCGGUUGCGCCCUGGCGCCGGGACCAAUCCGGGAGAGCUUCGAAGGACCAACACACGAACAAGUUCUGCUCUGCAACGUCAAUACAUGGCAAGCGCGUAUAUACGCUGGCAGCGUGUUGGCGUUCUCGGCCACACUCUAUAGUAGCGUGGCAGAGGGCAAGCUGAGCCCGGCAGCCUACCAUAGACCGCACACAGGCUCGAGAGUCGUGCCUCUCGACAAGUUGCCCAGCGGGCUAACCUUUCUCGGGCUACCGAACAAAACUUAG